AUGUCUUUAAACUACAUCAAAAACUUCUAUGAAGGAUGCCUCAGGCCUCCUACGGUGAUAGGCCAGUUCCACACCUUGUUCUUCGGCUCGGUGCGGAUGUUCUUUUUGGGAGUUCUUGGCUUCGCUGUGUACGGAAAUGAGGCGCUGCACUUCAGCUGUGACCCCGAUCGCCGAGAAAUCAACCUGUACUGCUACAACCAGUUCAGACCCAUAACACCUCAGGUCUUUUGGGCGUUACAACUGGUAACAGUGCUAGUUCCUGGGGCGGUCUUCCACCUCUACGCAGCCUGUAAGAACAUUGACCAGGAAGAGAUCCUCGAACGACCCAUCUACACCGUAUUCUACAUAAUUUCUGUUCUGCUUCGCAUCAUUCUGGAAGUCAUCGCCUUUUGGCUACAAAGCCACCUCUUUGGCUUCCAGGUCCACCCUCUGUACAAGUGUGAUGCCAGUGCUUUGGAAAAGGCCUUUAAUGUGACAAAGUGCAUGGUGCCCGAACACUUUGAAAAAACCAUCUUCCUGAGUGCCAUGUACACCUUCACCGUGAUCACCAUACUCCUCUGUGUUGCUGAGAUUUUUGAGAUACUCUGCCGACGGCUUGGUUAUCUUAGCAACCAAUGACACAUACAAGCAAGCACGCAUAAACGACUAAGGGUAAAAAUACAUGACACUAAUUCUGCCAGUUUUUAAUCGGGCUCUUGGUUAGCUACUGCUGGACUUUUAUAAAACAAAACAGGAAGCUGACAUAAGAGCAAAACCUCACCUGUGGUCCAUCGUGAGUGAGUUGCACCAAGAAAUUUAAGAAUGUGCGACAAUGUCAGACCUGGCAAGUCUGAAAUAGUCUCUGGGUGUUUUUUGCCCUUAACUAUAGAGUGAUCAUCCCUAGUGGUAUUUUAGAUAUCAGUGGGUUUGUACUGGCUGUGCCAAGGUCUGCGCCUCUGACUCUGAAAUGUUGGGGGAUGGGUUAG